AUAGCGCCAGUACCAUAGAGUGCACCCAGCCACCAGUUGUGUACUAUUGGCUGGUUCUUUUACAAAGUUGGAUGGUGAUUUUGAAUUAACUUUGUCGGAGACUGCCUAGGGUUUAAAAAUAUUUUGGUAUGAAUUAUGGAUGACCUUACUUACGUUGAAUACUUAAUAUUUUUCAAAGACUCGGAAUUGUUUUAAGAAUUUCUAUUACAUUUUGUGGCAGAUCAUAGCAUUUAGCUUCCCCAUUCGACUAGCGGCUUUUAACUUGACCAAAAUAGUAUCGUAAAUAGUCGAUCUUGGAGCGAAUCGUCUGAGGUCGGCCCUGCAGCUCGGACAUGCUGGCGCCGAGACCAAGCCUGCUUCUGGCCCCGCGUGUCCUCGGGCGUUGGGUGAAGCAGCUGCACGGCACUGCUGUGGUCGCCAAGAAAAUGACCGCCUUGGACGCCGGCGCUCGGGCCACGGAGCUGCCGCCCCUCACCGCCGCAGGCUGGGCGGUCGUCAGCGACCGCGACGCCAUCAAGAAAAACUUCAAUUUCGCCAAUUUCAACGAGGCUUGGAGUUGGAUGACGGCCGUGGCGCUGGCGGCCGAGAAGCUCGACCAUCAUCCCGAAUGGUUCAACGUCUACAACAAAGUCGAGGUCACGUGGUCCACGCACGACUGCAAUGGCCUCUCUCUGAAGGAUGUUAAGAUGGCUAAGUUUUGCGAUGAAGUUGCCGCUAAGUAUUUAAAGAAAUAACAGAUCUGAUUUAGCGCAAUCUUGUCUACUGAAAUUUCACCUCAGUGAUACUUUCUCCUAACGCUGGGAAGUUGGUUCUGGUUAGCGACGAAUGUUGGCUUUAUUUUGAAAUACCUAUUUCUGGUUGAACAUGGCUAGGCAGAGGGCGCAGCCGUGAAUAGAUUGGUGUAAAUUUUUUCCGUAUUAUUCGAAUGACGCUUUUGUUAUCGAUAAAUGAUACUUAUUGCUUAGAAUAGUUAGUAAAUAAGAUGUACCUCAAUUAUUCCCUGUAUGCGAAAAAUUUUUUAUUUCAUUUUUUGAAGUUCAAAACACGUGGUUUGAAUCCCACGAGUCCUAUAGCACCUUCAAGUCGGCGGCGGUCAAUAGACUACAAUAAAAAAUUUGUCGUUGAUAGAGUUCGCUGAUAAAAUCCUACAUGAUGAGCGUUUAUUGGCUUGCAAAUACGAUUAAAUUUAUCCCAAACAUUUACGUUAUGUCAGCCACAUCCUAUUUGCUGCAAUAAUCAAAAGCUUCAACAAAUGGCGGUCGAUUUUUGUUUCUAGCCUCUAGCUUAUUAAAUGUUACUUUAAUGAAGAAUAACACUUUGAGAGUUA